AAGAGUUCCUAGUGAACGCUUCUUAUCUCUGUUGUCUCAAAAUACAGAAAAGCAACGUAAUAGGGAGUGCAUCACACGUACCCUGCUUGUUGUAGUGUAUCUCCACCAGAGUGGAAGUCUAAGACUCUUAACAAAUUCCAAUAUUUUAUUAUAUAUGUAUGUAUGCAUAUACUUUAUAUAUAUAUAUAUACACAAAUAUAAAUAAACUAUAUAUAUAUAUAUACACACACACAUACAUACAUACAUACAUACAUACAUACAUACAUACACAUACACACAAACAAAUAUCCUGACGUUUCUUUGGGAGCCUUUUACCAUACUUGAAAUUCAGUGAAAUGUUCCCAUACUUCCCUGCAAUGGUAAGCACUACAUUAUUUUACUUGUAACUAUUUGCCUGACUAUAACUGCUAACAUUUUUAAAAUAUGCCUUUAGUAUUCUAGUUGUAUUUCUUCCAUUCCUUUAUGAAAAUAACAUUCAGUAAGUGAUUGAUGAUCAACUUUUAUAGGUAAAUUAGCAAAAGGGCCAACCCUGCCCCCAUUAGAGUCUGCACCAUUCUUCAAGUGAUCUCCAGAAGGCAUUCCAGGAGCUGGUACUGUCACUAAGAGAAAUAAAACUGAAGUCCCUUCAGCAGCAUUUGCAGAGCCAUGCACACCUUCCAUGCCUCGGUGGAACUUCUUGGGGCUGGCCUUGAUAAUACUGCUGUAUUUUGCUCUUUGUGUGUCAGGUGCUAGGGCAUUUAUAAGCAGAAGCCAGCUUUCCACACAGUUCUCCUUAGGAGAGAACUCCAAUCAUUCCACCAGCCUUCCUCCCUUCCCCAGAAGCACAUCUUAUAGUGAAUUGUCCCGAGCUAUCGUUCUCGCCGGCAAGAACACACUUCUUCUGCGGCAAGCUUUAUUGCUUCUUAAGGAGGGAAGACCCAGACCCCGGAAAAUGGUGCUGCUUAUAUAGCCCUCAGCGUGGCGUUUCAGCACCUGAUGUGGCGUGUCAGCUCCUGAUUUGUUGCUCGCCCAUCACCUCAUUACUACGUCCCGAGAUGGGCAGUGACUAGGCGUGAGUUCACGCUCGCACUUGCGCACAAGGCUUGUUUACUAGUUAGGCACAGUGGAAGCCAGGGCCAUCUUAUAAUGGCGAUUGCUCGCGGCACGGCUCUCCACAGUUAACAGCUGCAAAUUUUAUUUGACAGUAAAAUUUUAAUUAAAUAUAAGGCCUGGAAAGUCUGACUUUCUUGUUGCUCUAACAUGCUGUGAUUUAGGACAGCUUCCCAGUAAGUUUCUCAGAAGGUGUAAUAUUGUGACAUUUAAAUGUAGACUUUUUGUCUUCAUCUAUGUUAAAGCUGAAUAAAAGGAUGGAAAGGGUUUGAGGUUCUGUGGGUUAGCCUCGGUCUUAUUGAUGCUUAUAUUACAUUUUCUCAGAUAGAAAAGAAAAAUUCUAACACCCAGUACACAUCUGUAAGAGAAAGACAAGGCCAGAGUGUGUAUUUCAUAGGAGACAAUGUAGUCUGUGGAGAGAAGUUCCCAACAUAGAAUCACGCCAUAUCAUCAAAAUGGUAAAAAUAUCAAAAACAGAAAAUACUAUGUGCUGCUUAGAAUCUAGACCAAAAGAAGAAAGAAAGAAACCAUAUAUAUGACUGUUGAAUAUAUAAGCAGGGGCAUUUACUUUCGCGACCCUUUGAAAGAUUCAGAGUUGAACAAUCCUCUGUGAUCCAACUGUACUGAACAGAAGUGGCAUACAAAAAUGGUCACUGAGGAAACUUUACAAAACUGUGUAACUGCACCGCUUUUGAUAGGUAAAAAUCAGAAACUACCAAAUACCCAUCAGUAGCAGAAUGGACAAAUUUUGAUUUGUUUACAUAGUGGAAUUCUGCACAACAGUGAAAAUGAACUGUUGGGCAGAGUCUGUUAUUUUGCCACUGUGCUUCAUAUUCCUAGCAUGUUGGCCUCUAAGCUUCCAGGUGAUUUUCUUGUCUCUACCUGUCAUUUCACUAUACGGGUGUUGGGAGUAUAUAUGUGUUCUGCCAUAUGUGGCUUUUACCUACUGAGCCAUCUCUCUGGACCCUAUAUUAAUUUUAUCUUGUCAUAUAAAGCUUAGCAAAUUAUAAUGCCUAUUUUACCUUUAUUAUUUUCCAGACUAGAAGCCCCGAUAGAGUCUAGCUUAUUCUUUUCUGAGAAGAUUACAAGACCCAACUAAGAGGUAGACCAGGUUGUGUUUUCUUCCCAAGCUAGAUGCUCAGUUCUCUUGAGUACCUUGCAGCCUGUUGACUAUAUAGGACUGAGAUCUAUGGCCAUUUUUGCUGUCUGUUGGGAAAGGGUUAUUAUUAGCUCCUGAAGACCACCUUUGUGUUUUGUUCUCACACCUGCAUCACAGCCUGGCAACUUAUUUCUUUAAAGCCAUCAAAAUAUCUCACUACAUUGAGCUGUCAGGGAGUAGAGUAUGUAACAUCUAUAAUCUGAUAGUAACUAUACCAUUACUUUCACCAUGUAAUGAGCCAUUAUGGUUUUGAUUUGUGUUUCCCUGAUAGUGGUGUUGCUGGCUAUUGUUUUGAAUACCUAUUGGCCUUUCUUCCCCUCUUUCUGUGUUAGUCCAUUUGUACCCAUAUGUGUGCAGAGAUGCACGUACCCAUGAGUGCACAUGUAGAAACCAGAAGUUAACUUUGGGGUAUUUUCCUGUAUCAUUCUUUGUUACCUUCAGUUUCUGUGUGGGUUAUGGAUGUCUGCUGGUAUGCUUGGAUAUAUGGAGGCUAGAGUUUAAUAUCAAUAUCUUUCUUUGCUGUUCUUCCCUUUGUUUGUGCCAGGAAUCUCUCCCUUGAGCCUGGAGCUCACCUUUUUACCUAGCUGGUGAACACGUCUUGAAGACCUGCCUGUAUGUCUUUAUGGCACUAAGAUUACAGGGUGGGCUGCUAUGCCCAUCUUCUUACAUGGGUGCUGGAUCUGAACUCCAGUCCCCACACUUGCACAGCAAGUCAGCCCAUCUCCCCAGCCCUACUAUUGGCCAUUUAAAUGUCUUUCAGAAGUAUUCAUCCAGGGUCUUUGCCAGUUUUUGAAUCAGUUUAUUUCAGUUUUGUUGUUGAGUUCUGGGGUUAGUUUUUGGAUAUUAACCCUUUUCAGAUAUUCAGUUGGCAAAUAUUUUCUCACAAAGUAUAGGCUGACUUUUCAUUUUCAACUGUUUCUUUGCCUGUACCCAUGAAUUUUCUCUAGAUAUCAUAAGUCUAAAAUGUAUUCCCCCCUCCCCCAAACCAUAUACUAGAUUUUCUCCUCUAAAUAUGCUGUGUGCUUUACUUUAAAUGUGCCUUUUACAACAAUGGUGUUUAAAAAAAAAAAAAGACACUUGUUUCUGUCUUUGAGGUUGGCAAUGGAAAAUUUAUGAAACAUAGCAAAUAACAGCCUCCUUCAGUGCCUUAAGGCCAACAUUCUUACUAGAUAUGGAAAUACAUUUGUUCGUCCAUUCAUGAAACACAGCCAUACAUGUAACUAACUAUACGUAAUGGUAAUGAUUAGUGAAAUUAUAUGGGUAAGAAUCAUGAAAAAAGAAUGAAACUUUAAAUUCAAUUUGACUUUUUAUUAUUUUACAUUAGAAACUAGGUGUUCUGGCUGCUUGUUAUUUGCAACUGACCUCAACUUUAGUCAAAUCAAUAAGCAAGCAAAAUACUUCAAUUCACAAAUCAUGACUAUUGCCUUUUCUGUUUAUACCUCAUCCUAAAUAGCUAAAAUUGCUAUUUUAAAAAACCCUGUAAUACAGAAAGUGCAUGACUUUUCAUCUCUGGAGCGGCACACCUACUGACUCCUCUUCAGUAGGCAGUAUGAUUUCAUCAUCUCACUCUUGGCUUUCCUGUUUGUAAGUGAAGAGAUGUUGAGUCAUCCUCAUGCAUUAUCAUAAGGAGGACUGAGAGUAAGCAUGUCAAUGAGCACCCGACCUAUUUCCUCUUAGCGACACAGUUACUUCCAAUACUGUGGCCUAGUGAUAGUUAGAGGAGAUGUUAUCUUACUUAUUUUCAAUUUUUUAAUAGUCAUAAUAAUGUAGAUACUCCUGUUUACCUAUUUACACUCUCAGUAAAUAUUAAGUAGCUACUAUUCAUUUUAUAUUGGAUGAUAAAUCUUAUACUUAAAGAAUUGUAUAUAUUGUUUAAAUAAUUGAUUGUUAAGCUUAGUUUUAUUUUAGGGAAAAAUUUUUUAAAUUAUAUAUUAGCCACUUUCUAGGGUGUUUUGGAGAAGAGUUUUCUGUUAAUUAACUAUAGUUUUACCUUUUCUUCUUCAAAGUGUAGCUUAAAAGAAUUUGAUCACCUUUAGUCUGAGACUCUCUUCAGCUUCCUUAAAUAAAAUCAGCCUUUAUUAUGUAAAGAAUGUUUUAGUAAUUUAUGUUAACUUUUGUUUCCGUCUAUGUAAAGUCAUAUCAGAGCAUCCUCUGUAUAUGUGCUAUAUACCCUCAUGGCAAGGACAAGCUCCUGUUAUUACUAAUACCCUGUUCCUCUGCCUUUGCUUUCUGAUCCAAGUAAGUGAAAGUUCAUCUUAGCUUCAUUAAUUUCAUCAGGUCUGAAUACAGAAGGAAACUGGGGAGCAAAUGAAAACAGUGAGAGACCAACCCUCGGGGAUACAUGGCAUACAUACAAAGGAUUUGAGAGCUGGGGUGUGUGGGUAGAGCAGACUGACUCCUACAAUUUGUCCUUGGACUGUCACACUCAUGUGCGUGCACAUGCACACACACAUACCAAAGCAAAUAAAUAAAAACCUUAAAAGUCUCCUAAAAACAUUAAAAAGUUAUAGUUUUGCAUUUAGUUUAAGCUUCUUAGAGGAAGAGUUUUAUACCUAGCCAAAGCAGUAACAAAAUGGAGUUACAGCCACUGUCUUUUAGUCAGCUGUCUUGGAGACAGUUACCCUUGAAGCUCUAUCACAAGGGUGCACUGAGUGUCAGUAUAUUCAGAAGUCUCUCAAAAUUUGAGACAUUAUUUACACACACAUACAUGUACACACACAUGUAUACACACAUACUUUAACUUAUACUUGUAUUCAGCUUUUAAUGACUUUAUAGGAUGAUUGGAUUUUAUGAGUGUAGGUGUUUUACUUGUAUGUAUGUCUUGCUCACCAUGCAAUGCUGGGUGCCUUCAGAAACCAGAAGAGGGCACAGUAUUCUCUGGGACUGGAAUUAAAACAGUUAUGAGCCUCCAUGUGGUAGGCAAUUAAACCUGCUCUUAAUUGCUGAGCCAUCUUUCCAAUUCCAGAAAAUUCAUUUUUCAAACGAGAAUCUAUGAUACAAAGUAAAAUUCAGAUGGUGGAUUAUACACAUAGUGGCAUCUUUAAUUUUAUUCUUAAAAUAGUAAUGAAUGCCAGUGUUAAAUUUCAUAAUUUUGAUUAUUAGUUAUGUGAGAAGUUUUCCUUUGUUUAAGAAACUUCCCUGAAAAUAGUUUAUGGCUAAGUUAAGGAUGUAAUACCUGUAACUUUCAUAAAUGCCUCCAAAAUGCACAUAUAUGAUAUAUACACAGAAACUGAUGGAGCAAAGAUGAAAGUAUGUAGAUAUUCAGUGAUCUAGAAAAGGGUUCUCACUACACUAUUCUUGUGCCUUAUUGUUAAAUGUGAAACUACAUAAAAAUAGAGGGAAAGUAUUUCUACUGCUUUGCCAACUUAGAUGCUGCUUUAGAGAAGAUGAGAAGAUGACCUGCUGCCACUAUUUAUUAUUUAGUAUUAAUCUUUGCCCAUGAGCAAGAAUAAUAAAAAAGGAGAAUAGAAAAUGAAUAAGAAGUUUUAGUUUCAUCAAGAAGAAUGAAUCACAAAAGAUUUAGGAGGAAAAUAAAAUAAUUGUUAAGUUGGAAGGUAAAGUUUAAUAAAAAUAAAGAUUAUAUAUAAAACAUCUUAUUUUGAUAGUCUAUUAAAAUUCAGGCCUCCACAUAAAAACUAAAUGUACAGGUUUUCAUGACAUCAUUGUUUGUAAUAUUGGUAUUUAUAAACAUCCCAAAUGUACAUGAGUAGAAAGUAAGACAGUACUAUACUUGCAAAGUAUGGAUGAACUCGAGCAUAGGAAAACAAGUACAAAGACUUACUCUAUGAAGUCCAAACUAGGCAAUUCCAGAGAGACAAAGCUUAGUAAUGACAGGAGCUCAGGAGCUGGAGGGGUAGAACAGAGCGACUGAUGGCUAUAGAGGGUCUUUUGGAGGCAGGAAUAAUUGUGAUGGUAUGUGAACUGUAUUUCAUAGCAGCUCUCACAAUAAAACAGCCUUAUGUAGCCCAGCAACCCUCCAAAUUUUUCCUUUAACUAAGACAAAGUGCCAGAAACCUGAAAUUUUACAUGUGACUUCAUGGACCUGACCACCUUUUAUCUUUCUCCUUUUUCCUAUCUAGUUGUGCUACCUUCUUGCUUUUUCUGCUUCUAAGCUUAACUGGUCCUUCCUUCUUCCCGAGAGCCACUACUUUAUGCUGUCGCCACUUGGUGGUAUGGCUAACUACUACCUGCUGUAAAAUUCAACAGCACACAUCUUUGUUUUCUUUUUUGUGCUGUUUACUAUCAAAUAUAGUAUGUAUAUUUGCAUUUUUUUAAAGAUUUAUUUAUUUAUUAUAUGUAAGUACACUGUAGCUGCCCUCAGACACUCCAGAAGAGGGAGUCAGAUCUCGUUAUGGAUGGUUGUGAGCCACCAUGUGGUUGCUGGGAUUUGAACUCCUGACCUUCGGAAGAGCAGUCGGGUGCUCUUACCCACUGAGCCAUCUCACCAGCCCUGUACUUUGCAUUUUAACCUUGCCUAUUAUUUACUACUUUAACAAACACUCUAAGCCCCUUAGGGCCAGAGAUUUUGACUAUCUUGUUUGCAGCUGUUUCUAUCUCAGGGCUUAAAAUAGUACUCGGCUUAUAUCAGCACUAAUGUAGAAUGAAUCUAAACAUCUAAGUACAGGCAGCUGUGAUGAAAUUUGGGAAUAUCAAGUAAUUGAGGGAAUGGUGUCUUUAGGUAAUUUUUUUUUUUUUUAAGGACAAAGGGUGAAUCAAGUCAUAUUUAAGUUAUGACAGUACGGGGUGGGGGAGGGCAAUGUGGUACUUUACAUGUUGAUAUAGUCUCAACAGAGAACUUCACUUUGGUCCUUUAUUCACUCAGUUUACAGGAACAAUUUAUAGAGCAGAAUUGUUUUGCUGAUAUUGUAAGUCUAUACUUUUCUUUGCUCAUGUAAAUAAGAUAUAACUUAAGUAGGUUUUAUUUUGAUUGUUAAUGGGAAAACUAGUGUCAAGGAACUUUCAAUCAGAAAUAAGUGAGGUUAUUUAAUAUUAUUAUCUUUUAUACAAGAAAUACAAUCCCACCAUCUGUAAUAUACCUUUCAGUAAACAUUCAUGACAUCCAUGCGUUAGACAUGAAUUUUUUAACUAAUAGAAUAGGUUUUGCUUUCUGAAGGCAUGAGGUAUAAUUGGAAAACCACUGUGUACACAAGCACUGUGCAGUGACAGGGCACUUACAGUGAGAAUAUGAGGCAGAACCUGGUAAAUCCUACUGCUAGGUGAAGGGAGAGUCUGAAGGGACGAUUUCAGCUGACUCUCGUGGGUCAGCUUGAUUUGUCUCACAGGCACACACACACACAUACAGACAGGCACAGGCACACAUACACACACACAGACACAUGCAGACACGCACGUACCCUUUCUUUCUUCCAAAGAAAGACAGCUAUUGACUGGAAGCCCAGAAUUGCCCCCAAGUUCCAACCACCAGCUCGAAUUCUUAUGAAGCGGACUUGUAAUAUCCUUAAUGUUGCUGUUGGCAGUCUGUUACAGAUUCCAUUAUUGUCGAUCAAUGCAGUCGCCAUGUGAGGUGGGGGAGGAAUGGAGGAGGAGAAGAAAAGGAGAGAUGAGAGCUUCCUAUUCACGGAUUUAUCAACCUGCCUUUGCUCACAGGAAAUCCUCCUGGAGGGGGCUGGGAUGCUGCUGAAACAGCCAAGGCAGAAAAGGGCUAGGGAGCUGCAAUUCUGACUGAAAGGAAAUUUGAAAACCUUUCUUUUCAGAACAACAACAACAAAAAAUGCUGAGUUUGUUCUUGUGUCUUUGUUUUUGCUUGAUGCUGUGCUUUACCUAGCUGCUUAGCUACUGUGCUGUCUGCUUAUGGGAGCUGUGUGCAGUGGAGGACACCCCUCUCCUUUGAUUUUCUUUGAGUGUCUUUAUUCUCUAUUUCUCCAUGCUUUCUCCUGUCAUUAAACACACAUCAUUAUUCAAUUUUAUUCUGGCUUUCUCUUUCAGGCUAAAGCUGAACAAAACAGAGACAGAGAACAAAUCCCUCUUUCCUCUAUCCUACCACCCUCUUUUAACCCUUUCUAUUCCCCACAUCGUUUCACCCCCACUGUUGUGUUAGAUUGAUGGUACAGAGACAGAAUUCAGAGUGGAGGGAGGAUCACAUUUUCUUUCAUCAUUACAGCCUAAUCCACAAUUUUAGUACUGAACCCCGCCUCCUCCAAGAAUCUAGUCUCUUUAUCCAUUUCUUCCCACUUCAUCAUUCAGUAAUUGUAUUCUGUAUGGAAAAGUUUUCUGGCUGGAGAAUGAGUCUCCUUUCCCCUGGUGAUGUGUCGGAGUGGUUGGAUAGUAGCACCGAAGAGGAGAAGAGCCUUCUGUCAUUUCUGGGUAAGAGGUGCCAGCAGAAAGGUCCCCCCGCAGACGGAGCAUCUCAGGGACCAGCACAUCAGAGAAACCCAACUCCAUGGACACUGCGAAUACCUCUCCUUUUAAAGUACCAGGAUUCUUCAGCAAGCGCCUGAAAGGUUCCAUCAAGAGGACCAAAAGCCAGUCGAAGCUUGACAGAAACACAAGCUUUCGGCUUCCAUCCCUUCGCAAUGCAGAUGACAGGUCUCGAGGUCUGCCUAAACUGAAAGAGUCGCGUUCCCAUGAGUCCCUGCUGAGCCCAUGCAGUGCAGUGGAGUGUCUGGAUCUAGGUAGAGGAGAGCCAGUCUCAGUGAAGCCACUGCACAGUAGCAUCCUCGGACAGGACUUCUGCUUCGAGGUCACCUACUUAAGUGGAAGUAAAUGCUUUAGCUGUAGCUCUGCCUCCGAGAGAGAUAAGUGGAUGGAAAACCUUCGAAGGACCGUUCAGCCAAAUAAGGACAAUUGUAGACGAGCUGAAAAUGUUCUCCGUUUAUGGAUCAUUGAAGCCAAGGACCUUGCCCCUAAAAAAAAAUAUUUCUGCGAACUGUGCCUUGAUGAUACCCUCUUUGCUCGUACAACCAGCAAGACCAAAGCAGACAAUAUUUUUUGGGGUGAACAUUUUGAAUUCUAUAGCCUUCCACCUCUUCAUAGCAUCACGGUUCAUAUUUAUAAGGAUGUGGAAAAAAAGAAAAAAAAGGACAAGAAUAAUUAUGUAGGGCUAGUCAAUAUCCCCACUGCCAGUGUGACUGGUCGCCAGUUUGUAGAAAAGUGGUACCCAGUGAGUACACCCACACCCAACAAAGGAAAGACAGGAGGACCUUCUAUUCGGAUUAAGUCACGUUUCCAAACUAUCACCAUUCUGCCUAUGGAGCAAUACAAAGAGUUUGCAGAAUUCAUCACCAGCAACUACACCAUGCUGUGUUCUGUUCUUGAGCCAGUAAUUAGUGUGAGGAAUAAAGAGGAGUUGGCUUGUGCCUUAGUACACAUUCUUCAAAGUACUGGCAGAGCCAAGGAUUUUCUGACUGACUUGGUGAUGUCAGAGGUAGAUCGUUGUGGAGAACAUGAUGUCUUGAUCUUCAGAGAAAACACCAUUGCCACUAAAUCCAUUGAGGAAUACCUCAAGUUGGUGGGACAACAGUACCUUCAUGAUGCACUCGGGGAGUUCAUCAAAGCCUUGUAUGAAUCAGAUGAGAACUGUGAAGUGGAUCCCAGCAAGUGUUCAUCUAGUGAACUGAUGGACCAUCAGAGCAACCUGAAAAUGUGCUGUGAGUUGGCUUUCUGCAAGAUCAUCAACUCAUACUGUGUCUUCCCGCGUGAGUUGAAAGAAGUGUUUGCAUCAUGGAAGCAGCAGUGCCUGAACCGAGGCAAGCAAGACAUCAGUGAGCGGCUCAUCAGUGCCUCAUUGUUUCUCCGUUUUCUUUGCCCAGCCAUUAUGUCUCCCAGUCUUUUCAACCUGAUGCAGGAAUAUCCUGAUGACCGCACAUCUCGGACACUAACUCUUAUUGCCAAGGUCAUUCAGAACCUGGCCAACUUUGCCAAGUUUGGUAACAAAGAGGAGUACAUGGCAUUCAUGAAUGAUUUUUUAGAACAUGAAUGGGGUGGAAUGAAGCGGUUCCUUUUGGAGAUCUCUAAUCCUGACACCAUCUCAAACACCCCAGGCUUCGAUGGUUACAUUGAUUUGGGCAGAGAGCUGUCAGUUUUGCAUUCCUUACUAUGGGAAGUAGUUUCCCAACUUGAUAAGGGUGAAAAUUCCUUUCUACAGGCAACUGUGGCAAAACUGGGACCUCUCCCUCGUGUUCUUGCUGACAUUACCAAGUCUCUGACUAAUCCUACGCCAAUACAGCAGCAGCUAAGACGUUUCGCUGAGCACAGCUCCAGUCCAAACGUCAGCGGAAGCCUCUCCUCUGGGCUGCAGAGAAUAUGUGAAGACCCCACUGACAGUGAUUUGCAUAAACUAAAGUCUCCAAGCCAGGAUAACACAGACAGCUAUUUCAGAGGAAAGACGUUAUUGUUGGUUCAGCAAGCCUCCUCCCAGAGCAUGACGUACUCUGAAAAGGAUGAAAAGGAAAACAGCCUUCCUAACGGUCGGAGCAUCUCCCUCAUGGACCUCCAGGACACUCAUGCUGCUCAGGCGGAGCAUGCAUCUGUCAUGCUUGAUGUGCCUAUGCGCCUUGCAGGAAGCCAGCUUUCUAUAACCCAGGUAGCUAGCAUCAAACAGCUGCGGGAAACCCAGAGCACUCCCCAGAGUGCACCUCAAGUGAGAAGACCCCUGCACCCAGCCUUGAACCAGCCAGGAAGUCUCCAGCCCUUGUCAUUCCAGAAUCCUGUCUAUCACCUCAACAACCCAGUUCCAGCAAUGCCAAAGGCCUCUGCGGAUUCCAGUUUGGAGAACCUAAGCACUGCCAGUUCUAGAAGCCAAAGCAAUAGUGAAGACUUCAAACUCAGUGGACCCAGCAAUAGCAGCAUGGAAGAUUUCACCAAAAGAAGCUCCCACAGUGAAGACUUCUCCAGGCGCCACACUGUACCAGACAGACACAUACCUCUUGCUCUACCACGACAAAAUAGUACGGGGCAGUCCCAAAUCCGAAAACUGGACCAUUCUGGGUUAGGUGCCCGAGCCAAAGCACCCCCAUCUCUGCCACACAGUGCUUCCUUGCGUAGCACAGGGAGCAUGUCAGUGGCGUCUGCAGCCCUAAUGGCUGAACCUGUGCAGAACGGGAGCCGGUCCAGGCAGCAGUCCUCUUCCUCCAGAGAGAGCCCUGUUCCCAAAGUGAGAGCAAUCCAGAGACAACAGACACAACAGGUUCAGUCACCUGUGGACUCCGCUACAAUGUCCCCAGUAGAAAGGACAGCAGCCUGGGUUCUGAACAAUGGACAGUAUGAAGAGGAUGUGGAAGAAACUGAACAAAAUCAAGAUGAAGCCAAGCAUGCUGAAAAGUAUGAACAAGAAAUUACCAAGCUGAAGGAGCGCCUACGAGUGUCCAGCCGGCGGUUGGAGGAGUAUGAGCGCCGGCUGCUGGUGCAGGAGCAGCAGAUGCAGAAGCUGCUGCUGGAGUACAAGGCCCGGCUGGAGGAUAGUGAGGAGCGGCUGCGCAGACAGCAGGAGGAGAAGGACAGCCAGAUGAAAAGCAUCAUCAGCAGGCUAAUGGCUGUGGAAGAAGAAUUAAAGAAAGAUCAUGCUGAGAUGCAAGCAGUUAUUGAUGCAAAGCAGAAAAUAAUUGAUGCACAGGUCAUAAAUGGAAAUGAGAUUAUUCAAACAGGAAAAGCGGAUCGUGUCCCUGGAUUCAGCCAACACGAGACUGAUGAGUGCGCUGACACAAGUGAAGGAGCGGUACAGCAUGCAGGUCCGCAAUGGCAUCUCUCCCACCAACCCCACCAAGCUUUCCAUCACGGAGAAUGGUGAAUUCAAAAAUAGCAGCUGCUGAUGGCCUUGGUGACACAGACUGUGGGAGGAGGCAGAAGGAAGUUGCCCAGCUCUCCUAUCCCAGCCCUUUAACCCUCCAGGUUUACAGAAUGUUAUUUCAAAUGGCAGUGUGGUGAGAAACUCCUAAAUGAAGAAAGGAACCUUGUCUUUCAGGGCUUAAAGCAAAGACUUGAAGUUUGAUGCUUUUCCCAGUGUCUCUAUGUACAUAGGGAACUUAGUUCUGGGCCGUGUACAGAAAUACCACUGUAAUAUACCAAAAGGAAGUUAAUAAUGUAGAUUACCUUUUUAAUUAUUACUAUUUUAUUAUUGUUUUUCUCUUAUUGAAAGCACUGCAGUUGUUAGUGGAGGAAAAGUAGGAGCCAAGUGUGAGUGAGGAAUAAGCCUAUUGGUUCAGUAGGUAGAGUUCAUGUAUUAGAUAGGAGCACAUGGAGUACGAUAGGACCUUGUCGGAAUGGAUUUUUUUCAGGGAUUCAUCUGCCAGUUUAAAAGCCCCACCAUAGUCCUUACCAUUAGGAAAACUUGCAAAUACCAAGAUACAUACAAAACAGUAAUUUAUGCCACUGAUCAACCAAGAUGCUUCUAACAGACUGUAACCUGCUUUGGAGAGCCGCCGUUUCAGAAGACACAGAUAAAAGUGGUUGACUGUACCAAAACUAGACUAGGAAUGAUUUCUCUUGAACUCCUGUCAAUAUUUAUUUCCUCCAUCUAUAAUGGACAGUUAGAUGUGGGAUUUUUUGAUUUUACUCCAACUUUUUUUAAAGUGCUCUUUAGAGCUGACAGAUUUGUAAGUACCGUGUCUCUAUCUACUGUCUUCAUGUUCACUUGUCCACUGCCCUUUCCUCCCAGGCUGGGAGCGGUCAGCACCAACAGGACUCACUCUCCCCUGGAGAGUGGCCAUUCAAGUAGACCACUCAUAAGCCAUCUGACUAAAUACCCUUUUUCCACACAGAAAAGGGCUAACUAUACAGCAGAGCAGGAAUCUCUGAAUAUCCCACUAAACGUUCUCUUCCUAUUUGUCAGUUGUAUUUUUCCUUAGGAUAAAGGUUUUAUCCACUAUAUUAGCAAAUCUGUGGGCAGGGUAACCCGUCACCACUUAACAUGAAUUGCUUCCUCUUUCUAUUUAUCCUCUCCAUAAAAUUUUGGAAGCUAUCUAAAACUGAGACAUGCCCCUUAAAAAUGAUGAUUAAUCUUGCUAGAGAAAGGAUGACACAUUCUGGUUGUCAUUCCACACUCAUGGUAGACUCAGCAAGACUGACCUAGAUUAUCAUUAAUGACUUUGAUAUAGGACAGAAAAUCUGUGGUUUUCUCCAGAGUGUGACAUGUCAUCUGGAAAUCUGGAAUGCAGGCUUGAUUACCAGAGAUAUGGAAAGUUAGAUGCAGGUUAAGCAAAUAUUUUAUAUAUAUAUAAAUAUAUAUAUAUACAUAUAUUCACACAUGUACAUACAAUGUGCACAUCAAAAAUGGUCAUAUCUUCUGUGCUGUCAGAUAUACAGAGAUAAAUGUUUAAAAGGGUCUUGAAUCUCUUUAAGCAAGAUCUACACAGUUUUACAAGGGAAAAAAACAUUUCUCGAAUAAGUCAAAGUUUCAUUUUGUUUUUUAAGUUAUAAACUUCAAGAAUUUUUUUCUAAGUAAAGGACGAGGGGGGAGACAUAACGGAGCCAUAUGCAUGGAGUAUGUGUUUCUACAUAACAGAAAACUUACGAGGAAACGAGAGAACAUGUAUAGUUCCCUCCUAUUUGAAGCCCAGGUGUAGAUACCAAGGCCUCCUUCCCCCCAAGUCCCAGGGGUGCAUUCCAAGCCUCACUUGCUCCUCAGUUGACCUUUGGGUCUGACCUUGUACUUCAGCCACCUCACCAGAGCCCUCAGCCUACAACCUGUGAAAGGGUUUCUUCAUAACUCUUAAAAGCAGGAGAAUCCCACUAUGCUUAGAACUUCAGGCUCCACGCCCACUUGAGCCUUCUCCUGACCCUCAGCAGUUCUUUUACAUCUUAUCUCUUCCCUCCAAGCUAAGGUCACAGUGUGGUUAAAAUUACUUCCCAAGAAAGAAGGUUAUUGAUUCUUCAGUAAUGCCCUGUAUUGGAGCGGGGGGGGGGGGGGGGGGUAAACAUAGAUCUUUUCAUGUUUGUAGCCUAGCAGUGUUUCCUUCAUUCUUCAAAAUCCUUCAGUACUACCACACAAAACCUAGUCAAAUAUCAGUGUUGGUGGCCAGAAGUAUAUAAUGUGGAUAAUGUCUUGCUUUGAGGUAGGGAAGGUCUUCAAGUGCAGGUUAUAGAUUACAGAGAGCUGGCCAUAUUGAUGAAUGCAGUUUAACUAUUAACAUUUUGGGACCUUCUUAAAGAGCCUGUCUGUAUUACAAGAUUGAAUGCCCAAAGCAUAUUUCAAGGUUCUGUAAUGUUACCAUGAAUGAAGGAAAAAAGUAAAAAAAUAAGUCUUAAGAGAGUUAGGGGUCGAAAGUUCAGCAUUGUUGCCUGAUAUUAAAUCUUAGAUUAUCCUUUGAGCCUACUCAUAUUUUUAGCCUAUCAGAAAUAUUCUGAACUGGGGUAUAGCUCAGUUGGCAGAGUGCCAGCCUAGCAUUCCAGAGGCCCUAGGUUCAAACACCAGCAUGGUCUGAAUUGGGGGGGUGGCACAGACCUGCAGUCCCAGCACUGUAGGGAUAGGAGCAGGAGCAUUGGCAGCCCCAGGGCACCCACCCUCUGCCUCGGAAGUUUCCUGGCCAACCUAAGCUGCUUGAGACCCUGUCUCCAAACUGAUAACAGAAUGGUUUUUGAGUAUUUCUUUAGAGAAUGUUACAAUCCUAUAAAGUUUAUUUUGGAAUUGUUUUGAGUAUAGGAGAGGACAGCAGUGGGUGUUUUCUAUGUCAUUUCUUUACCCUAAAUAAGUUUCUUUAUCCUGAACAAAAAUCGUUUUGCUUUGCUUAGGAGGAGAUGUUUUUAUAAAGCUGAUGGCUCCUAGGAUCCCUGUGUUUGUCUACAGCUCAACACAGUAGUAAGGGGUGAGACUAGAGCAGGCUUAGGUGGGUGUGGAUUUGGCACACACACACACACACACACACACACGUCACUUGAAGCAGAUUUCAGAAGAGCAAAAAGUCACAUUCCCAUGAGAGUAGCAUUACUUCAGUGUCUGUCCCCUGUGUACUGCUUGGGUCUGGGACAGUCUUUCUCGGAAUGGAAAGUGGGGCCAUUAUGUUACUAUAGCUCUUCUUAAUACCGUGUAUUCGCACAGCCUCCUCCUUUCCUCUGCUAUGGAGUUGAACAGUAAAAACAUGAGUGUUUCUCAGACGAAGUGCACAUGUGUGCACUGGGGCUGAGCAUGACUUCAUAAGCAGUCUAUACCAGUGGCUUUUAUAUGGGUUGGCGGCUCUCCAGAGCCCUGGCUCCCGCUGUGUCCAUAUGCACAGCCAAUUGGGAGCAGGUUUUAUUUGAAGUUCCAGAGAACAGUGCCAUCAAGUGGGCUUGCAUUAGUGUUUGCUCUGCUUCUGUCCAGAUUUAGUUCUGGUUCCUCAGAACCAUUCAGUAGACUGACAGAGCUACAGGCUGGACCGUAGACUAGCCAUGUCACUAACUCAAUUCAGCAACUCUCCAGCCCAUCUCACGGCUUUCUCAGCCGUGUUACUUAUUCUCAGCAACGUUGGGGACUGUCUUCUGAAGACAGAUCAAGCAAGUUCAAAGGACAUUCUGCUCUAUAGCACUUGACUUUUCCUAGUCAGUAACUUGAACUUUCCUGCUUGCCUCAGCAGUAAAAGUCACCUUCCUACCCCAUACCUGGCAUACCUUUUUAAAUUAUUAUUAUUAUUAUUAUUAUUAUUAAUUUAAAGGACUUUUUUCUUUCUUUCUUUUUUUUUUGGUUGGUUUGGUUUGGUUUGGGGGAUUUUUUUUUUGGUUUUUUGGUUUUUUUGAGACAGGAUUUCUCUGUGUAGCCCAGGCUGUUCUAGAACUAUUCUGUAGACCAGGUUGGCCUCGAACUCAAGAGUUCCACCUGCCUCUGCCUCCAGAGUCCUGGGAUUAAAGGUGUGUGCUGCCACUGCCUGACCAUACAUGUUUCUUAAAGCAAGUAAUGUUUAGGCCCAUUUUCUGUUUGAAUAAUUGUUAUCAGUUCUUCUAGAACAUUCUCCUGUCACUGAUCCAUCUAGGAAAGCACUUGAGCUUUGAAAGGACAAGGGUGGUGAAAUUUGCAUGAGAGAGAAUAAAUUUCUUUCAGAAAGAUCCUGAGGAAGACACAUGAUCCAAUCGCUUGUUGCUCAGAAGUUCAAGGAAACAAGUGGAGUGGCGUCCCCUGGCUCUUUCUAGGAUGAGUGUGUGUGUGUGUGUGUGUGUGUGUGUGUGUGUGUGUGUGUGUGUGUGUGAAGGCAGCUCCUGAGACAACAUGUAACAUGCCUACAGAAAUACCACUCUUAGGACACUCCUUUAAAAAAAAUGUUAAUCUACUUUGUAAACCAGUAACUCCCAGACUUUCUUGAGGCUUUGUUUUUGUUUGGUUGGUUUUUAGAUUUUAAAACAUUCUAUUCACUUUGAAAUGUACUAUAUGUGUUAUAUGUAUAUAUAAGUUAUAGUGACUUGAACUCUGUUUGGCAUAGGCUGAGAACUAUUGUUGGUAGCAUAGAGUGUACAGAGCAGCCGCUGACUGUCACCAUCUGAGAGCAGGAUACAGAAGGGAGUUUGGUUCCUCAGCAGUGAAUGCCCAGGUGCUUGAGCAAUGGCCCAGCCAGCCUCAGUGAGGACGGCAAGCCACCCAAGGAGAGGAGAAGAGAAACUGACCCGCUGUCCCAGCACACAGGUUUAAUUUUGUACUCUUUCAUUUCUUUAUCAAAUGACCUCAUUAUUCCCUAAAAAGUCUUGGAACUGAAAACCAGACUGAACUGUCGGUGCAGUGGCAUUUCCACAGCUGUGCUUCGGGGGUUCUGUCCUCUGUGUGUGGUGCAAGUAUUUAGAAUUAAUAGCAUGGAUAUGUCAUGUCCAAACCCUCAAGGGAAAAUUACCAAUUUCCACUUAACCAACAGAUGAAAUGCUAGUUAACUCAAUGCCCACUAUCCUGCAGAAAAGCUACAGUCAGUAGUAAAGGGUGGGGUUGGCUGGUGCUGAUACUCCUUAGUCGUAUAGACCAACUCAAGCAACAGCAGCAUUAUUUACUGGGUCACACCUGGGAGGAACUUAGCUUCCAAAUUUGGUUUUUGCUUUUCAUCUCCAGGGCCUUAAUAAGAGUGUGUUAAUACACAUGACUAUUUUACAGAUAAUUCAAAAUAAUUUAUUUUUUAUUUGAAGAAAGCGAAAUCCACCUUAAAAAAAAACAAAACCCAAGAUUUUAUUUUAUUUUUAAAGCCAUAUUUUUGUGCUUUGUAGCACUUAGAUUGUUCCAUAUGUGAUCCAUAUCUGCAUUUCAUUACCUGGGUUCUAAAAAAGAUUUAUUUUUGUUCUGUGAAUAAUUUUUGAUGGUUCUUGUACAUGUACAGAUAUAGAUACGUUUGAGGUCUUUUAUUGAUAUUCCUACAAAAAAUACAAAUAAACUUUAACUUUAAACAUUUCA